GAGCUGGGCUCUUCCCUGCGCCGCCAUGCCUUCCUCGCCGCUCCGCGUGGCCGUGGUGUGCUCCAGCAACCAGAACCGCAGCAUGGAGGCGCACAACAUCCUCAGCAAACGAGGAUUCAGUGUCCGAUCCUUUGGAACGGGGACUCAUGUGAAACUGCCAGGACCAGCACCGGACAAGCCGAAUGUUUAUGAUUUCAAAACAACAUAUGAUCAGAUGUACAAUGAUCUGCUUAGGAAAGACAAAGAACUAUACACACAGAAUGGGAUUUUACACAUGUUGGACAGAAAUAAGAGAAUCAAGCCAAGACCAGAAAGAUUCCAGAACUGCAAAGAUGUUUUUGAUUUGAUCCUAACGUGUGAAGAAAGAGUCUAUGAUCAAGUAGUAGAAGAUUUAAAUUCCAGAGAGCAGGAGACAUGUCAGCCAGUACAUGUGAUCAAUGUGGACAUUCAGGAUAACCAUGAGGAGGCAACCCUGGGUGCUUUCCUUAUCUGUGAGCUCUGCCAGUGUAUACAGCACACAGAAGACAUGGAAAAUGAAAUAGAUGAGCUGUUACAGGAAUUUGAAGAGAAAAGUGGAAGGACUUUUCUUCAUACUGUCUGCUUUUAUUAAAGCACAUCUGUCUCUUAGGCCUUAAUACAGAUGAGGGAAGCAUGUGUUUAAAAUUCUGAUUAUACUGUAUUUUCCUGGAAAAUGAAUAUUGAUCUUUUUUUGUUUAAAAACUCCUUUUCAGUGUCUUUUUUGUUUUGUUUCAGGUAUUCUGUCACAGGUAGGCAGAGAUACUGGUUGGGGUUGUACAUAUGAGAUGAUUAGAAGUAUACACAAAGGCCACCUAUUUAAAAAUGAAAAUCAAGUUUUUCUUUAAGUCCUACUUUAAUUAUUACAAGUAGGUUUUUAAUUAUAAAGAGAAUGUUUCUUGAAUAUAAGUUUAUAAUGUAUUUUUCCAGCUUACAAAUUUAUUUUAUUUCAGUUGUGCUUUUUUUUAUUUUAAUGUGACAGAAUGGCUGAACUACGUGAGGAUAUGAAUGGAACAAUGAAAAACGAAUAUCUGUAUAUUAUUAGAUAUAAAGUUGGAAGCAUCCAAUAAAAAUGAAAAACCUGUAA